GUACAAGAUAGUAGUGAAAAUCAUACAAAUAUGAGAGAAAAGUCUGAACAAAUGCAUACUGCCGUUGAGACCAGCAAUUGGAUUAAUAGAGAAAUAAGAGAAAGCCCACCAAAGUGUGUUCAAGUACCAGUAGAACAGAAAACCCCAGAGAAGUGUGGCGGCCGAUUAAAGUUGACUCUCCGCAUGAAGCGCAGUCCAGUUUUGGACGAGGUUAUAGAAUCCGGAAAUAGUUUAAGUGAGGAUUACUUCGAACCCGAAUAUGAAGUACUUCGAGUGGAAGGAGUAGAUAAUAUUGCGUGUACUCCGUUUUCGCACAGAAAAAAGAGGCAUAAAGCAAAGGAAAGGAGACGCGAGAAAAGACAUAGGUUAGCUGAAGCAGCCCUGCCACAGAUCCCCAUGAAACGCUUAAAGCUUAAAUUUGGCAAUGAGAGCCACACUAUUGACAUCCCGUCCACUAGCACUAAUUGUCAUACAUGAUAAGAACCUGACGAAUCUUGUGGUUGA